AGGUGUUCCUGAAAAGUGACCGUGUGUCCCGGAUGGUGCAGAGUGGCGGCUGCUCAGCUAGUGACUCUCGGGAGGUUUUUAAGAAGCACAUAGAGAAACGUGUGCGCAGCUUACCUGAAAUUGAUGGGCUAAGCAAAGAAACAGUGCUGAGCUCCUGGAUUGCUAAAUUUGACACCAUCUACCGAGGUGAAGAGGACCCCAGGAAACACCAGCAGCGUGUAACAACCAGUGCUGCCUCUGAACUCAUCCUUAGCAAGGACCAACUAUAUGAGAUGUUCCAGCAGAUCCUGGGUAUCAAGAAGUUUGAGCACCAGCUCCUUUAUAAUGCCUGUCAG